UGAUGUUGCCGCUGCAGUUUCUGUAUCACGCGCGAUUAGGUUAAGUAGAGUCGGUAGCGCGAGAGUAAAUGACGACCCGGAGUAUAUGAAGUUAAGAAGUAGCUUUAUUUCGUAUUGAAGUUGUCUUUUGUGGUAUUAGCAAGAUUCGGGGCGUUUAACCUAGGUAACUGAGGUCACAUUAGUAACCAAUCUGUAUGUUGUAAAAAUCUAUUUUCACAUUUAUUUCAAUGUAUUCAAUGUUAGCCGGCUAGCCACGCAUAGCUUACUUCGUAGGCAACUCCAUAUAACGUCGACGUGUUGAGCUUAUUUGAUAUUUUAAAACAACAUUUAAGUUAAACGUUCUUCUCAUAUCUUAAAGAGGAAGCAGAGUUUGUAUUGUAUGUUAACGUAGUGUUUUAAACAGCUGUUGGGAAUGUUGCCUGUACAAGCUCGCUGGAGUAAUGGUGGGACAACUAACAUAUCAGACAGCGAUUCAGAGGACGAGCCCAAGAUUCCCCUCAAUCAAUUCUAUCCACAUAUCCGCUGUGCCCUGUGCAGCGGAUUCCUCAUCGAUGCCAGCACCAUCACUGAGUGCCUGCACACAUUUUGCAAAAGCUGCAUCGUGAAGCACUUCUUCUACGACAACCGGUGUCCAACAUGCAGCAUUGUAGUCCACCAGACACAACCCAUGUACAACAUCAGGCCUGACAGACAACUGCAGGAUAUUGUUUACAAAAUGGUUCCCUUCCUGGAGGAGUGUAAGAACAGUACAUGGGCAGUCACAUUUCUUUUGAUGGUUUUCAUAUCCUUUAUCUCUUUGAACUCUGUUUCCACAGACGAAAGACAACAAAUGUGUAAAUUCUACAAGGAGAGGGGGCUGGAAGUGCCAACAUCAGUUAUGAUGUCUCCGUGUCCUGUUGUCCUGAAGAGGCAGAAGAAAGACAACAUUCCCCCGUCUGUGUUCACCAUUCCUCCUGAGCUGAAUGUGUCUCUGCUGCUGGAAUUUGUUGGGGCUGAAGAAGGCAUCGAUAAUUAUAAGCCGUUAGAGAGGCGGUACCUCCGUGUUUCGGGCGAGGCCACUGUGCGCCACGUGGAGGUUUUCAUCAGGAGGAGGAUGGAGCUGAGCUCAGCAUGCCAGGUGGAUGUGGUUUGUGGAGAUCACCUCCUCGAUCACUUCCAGUCAAUCAAGGACAUUCAGAGCUUUGUGGGUGAGGAGGGAGUGCAGGACGGUGUGUUGGUGCUGCACUUUGGCCUGGUCCUGCCCUUCCAGCCUUGAGCACGAGAGGUGGAUGUAUUCUAAGAAUUCAUGACUUGGAUUUCCUGUAUUUAACUGUCUGAAAUUAAAAGAUUUAAAACUG